AUGAAGAGAACAUUGGAAAUGAAUGUCUUUCUGACCUUAUGAAUUUCGGUUGACUUCGUGAAGAAACAAUUGAAAGCCGUCUAUGAAAGACUUAGGCUAGAGCAACAGAAAAUAGAAAAUUAUCUUUCAGACUGGAGUUUGAAAACACUUGAUCAUUCUUCAGAAGAAAGAAGUAACCUGCUUAGUGAAAUGCCCGUGGAAUUAGAAACUUUGGAAUGUCCAUACCCUGACUUGAAGUUUUCAAUCCUUAAUGAAUUCUGUAACUUUACAGAGAAAUAUCAAAAGAAACUUCAAGAUUUUGAUAUGCAGUUAGAAGAUAUAUACAGAAACUUCCAAUUAAGUGAUGAAGACCACUGGUUUUACCAGGCUCUUGUGGAUCAGUAUCCUGGGGAUCUCAGUGGCAGAAGGACUCUGUAUCUGGACAUGUUACAGAGACAUUUUCCUCACAAAUCGAGGCAUGAUUUGGUCGAACAUGAAAAAUAUUGUGACCAAUAUCGCUUUGCUAAGGAGCAGCGAAAGAUCCUGAUAGCAAGUUGGAGUAAGAAUAGGAGAGACUUUAUACAGAAGGCUGUGCUGACAGUGGUCGAGGCCUGUGCAACUCAUGAAAUGGAAAACAUGUUGGUUAAGGAUAGGAAAAAGCAACAGGAAGUGUGUGCUGAUCUGAAAGCCAAGGUUCUUCAGUGGCGAGCCCACCAGGAAGAGGUAGCAAGACUGGAAAUGGAAAUUUCUGCCAGAAGGAGAGAAAAGGAAGAGGAGAAAGAGAAACAGUGGAAGAAGAAGGAAUUGUUACAAAGAGAAGAGAAGAAAAAAAAAAUAAGAAAAUACUGGGCUAAAAGAGAGCAGAAAUGGCAAGAAAUGGAAAUGAGAGAUCUUCAGCGUCUGGAAGAACUGAAGAAAUUAAUGGCUGAACAGUCAGUAAAAGACAGAGAAAGGGUUAAAUAUAGACGAGAAUUAUUGGAAAAGCGUUUGAUGGAGAAAAAAGAAGUGACCCUUCAAGAAGCACUUGAAGAAGCAGAGAGAGAGAAGCGAAUAGAAGCCCUGAGGAAACAGGUUGCUAUUGUCGCUCAAUUUGAUCCUGUUAGAAUGAUGUCAGACACAAUGGCAUCAAAAGCGAGGAUGGGUAUUGGAAUCGAAGAAGAAUUUAUUCUUCAAAAGCCACUCUUCACAUUGAAUACAUAUAAUGAACAGCAGAUAAUUUCUGACCCUAGACUUCGUUUUGAGUUAGCACUUCGAGAAGCUGGACUUCAUAAAACAUUUUAUGCCAAGGAGAUAUUACCAAAAAUCGGUCCUCAAAAACCUCCAAGAAAGGAUACAGAGUCUACUGUAUUCAAAAUCUAG